UCACAUAAGAGUUUAUCUAUACAAAAGUUUAAAAACUAUAGGACCAUCUAUCUUUUCAAAUUUCUAAACUUUAUUGAUAAAAAUCACAUCUUUAUAACUGGACCUUCCAAUUUUGGAAAAUCCCUUUCUUUCUAAAAAAACUUUUACAUCUUGAGUUUAAACUAGUUCCAUUUUUUGGGUUCAUUUCAUUGGUUUACCUCUUGUUUGUUUCAGUAAAUCAAUGGCAACCAGUCUUGGCAACUCAAUUGGUACCUUUAUCAAUGUUGAUUUUGAUGAAAACGACAACUGUUGGAAGCCAAGUCUUUGCAUCAGAAUAACCAUUGACAUCACAAACCCCCUCGGACAUGGGCUCAAAUUCGGUUAUGAAAACUCAUCUUCUAAAGACUGGAUCCAAAUUAAAUAUGAGCGGGUUCCAGACUUUUGCUAUGACUGUGAUAUGAUUGGUCACAUCCUAAAAAAUUGUGCCUUAGCCUCUUCCAAGAUGAUUGUUCUCCAAAGGAAAACCAAUAUAGACCUUGGCUCCGAUUUCAAUCUCCCUCGAGGAAUUUCUUCCAGAAAAAAUCAAGAACGUUCUGCUACACAGUCCCCCAAAUCUGUCAAAACCAACCCUUCAGAUUCUCCUUCCUUUUCCAUGGCAGAGGUUAUUUAGCAACUCCGUCACUCACUAUGAAAAUCUUAUGUUGAAACUUUCAUGGUUUGGGAAACCAACGGACAUUCUAAGCUAUCAAAAAGGUUUUUGUUGCUUCAGGAAGCAUCUCUUUGCGUUCUUCACUGAAACUAGCUGUAACCAUAAGAAAAUGUUAUCUCUAAAAAAUGCGUCAAAUUUCCAUGACUGCUUUUCUGUUUCCAACGAAGGUAGUGGGGGGUGACAUCUAUUUGCUAUGUAAACAAGAUCUCCAUGAUACAAUUAAAUCUUCAUCUCUCACAUAUUGACUCUAUUAUUACUUAUAAUAGUGCCACCUAGAGAUUCACUGGUUUUUAUGGCCAUCCCGACCCUACCAAAAGAUCUAAUUACUGGAAUUUAAUUCAUCGUUUACCUAAUAAUGACGAUACUCCAUGGCUUACUAGUGGAGACUUUAAUAAGCUAGUGUGGAGCUCUAAAAAAAUUGGGUGUAGUCCCUAAAGAUGAUAACUUAAUGAACAGCUUCAAAGAUGCUAUUUUUUAUUGUGACCUUUUUACCUUGGAUACAAGGGUGAUAAAUUCACAUUGUGCAACCGCUGGCGUGAUAAACCUCAAAUUUUUGAAAGAUUUGACAGAUUCUUAGGUAAUUCAAGCUUUAAACUCCUUUCCCUUCUUUUUCUAACCUUCAUCUUGAUUGGUGCAAAUCAGACCAUCGACCAAUUGAACUUAACCUUUUAUUUGACCUCCCUAGUAAGACUUACCCUCCUUCACCAAGCCUUUCAAAUUUGAAGAGCUUUGAACUCUUCAUGAUUCAUGUCUGGCUACUAUCCAAAACUCUGGCUCUUGGAACUCUACUUUAUCCAAUCUUAUUGAUUUUCACUCCAACCUCAUUUCCACUUCAAAAAAUCUCAAAAGUUAGGGUUCUUCUAUUACCAAUAAAUUUAAAUCCAGAAUUGAAGCCCGUAAAGCUUCCAUUAAAAAAGCUUAUAAUAUCCAUCCCCCCCUUUCGACCUCAUCCAUAAUCUUGAACUUGAUCUCGAUAACCUCGUAGGAAACUCGACACGAGGAGAUCCUUGAGCGGAAGUCAUCCAAAUUCCAUUAAUUAUUGAAAACAUAAUUUACAGAAAACAUAUAAUUAAAUAUGCAUUCAAGGUUAAAUUACAACAUGCUUUUACAAAAUAAAUAGGUUUCAAGAAACCUCACCU